AUGCACCGUGUAUACACCGUUGCCGCCGCCCUUUUCCUUGUGUUUUCACCUUCAGCCGUCGAUGCCCUCCAAGUCACGCCCGGCUCCAAGUGCGCCAAAGCCUGCCUCAACUCAGGCAGCGACAAUCCGUGGAAGAAGUCCGACUCCAACACCAACAUCACCGACGUGACCUGCGCCGACUCCAGCUACCUCAACACAGAAAUAGGCCAGCACUACCAAAGAUGCCUCACUUGCUUACAGCGAAGCAACAGAGCGUGGGAUGGCGAGAGUGACCUCAAGUGGUUUGUCUACAACCUUCGAUACACACUCGACGCCUGCCUCUUUUCAAUACCGUCUCAGCCAAAGUAUGAGGGCAACAUCUCGUGCGCUACCAACAGCGGCUGCCGAGGACUCAAACCCUCGCUAUCCAACGAUAAGCUCGAGCCGGACCCCAGUCUGGCUUGGGACUACUGCGCAGCCGACGAUGGCAACUUCAUGGGCGACAACAUAUCCGUGUGCCGCGAUUGUCUGCGGAAUAGCAAUGAACAGGCCUACAUGGCCAACUUCAUCACAGCACUGGAAGCUGGUUGCCGCCAGACGCCCAACGACGGCGAUGUGCUUGGCCUUAGUGCCACCGUCUUCUCCAAGUCGACCGUCGACAUCAUCGAUCCGCAGCGCGUCACCAACCCAGAUGAGCCCUCAGGCAAGCUGCCAGCCCCUGCCAUUGCCGGCAUCGUCGUCGGCGUCGUGCUUGUCUGCAUGAUUGCCGUGUGCCUGCUCGUGGCACACUGCCGCCGCGAGCGCCGCUACGGAAGCUGGUCCGACCCAUACGAUUCGGACGAGCCGUAUCACCACAACCAACAACAACACAAUUUGCAGAGCCCGUACCGGUCCCCCAACACUUGGACCGCCGCGGGCGGCCCCAAGGGGACCACUGCGCCGCCAGCUCUCAUUGUGCGGCCUUACCACGGCGAAGAAGCGUACAUGGGGGCCCGCAGCCACAGCGAGAAGACAACGCCCGUCACCGGUCCUCGGUUCACAGCCGCCAGCCGGGGCCCUGGUGGCCCUGGAGGUCCAGGGGGCAUUGAGCUAGGUGGCGGACACCCCUACGAGGACGACACACAAGGUUAUCGGCCGCGCUCACAAAGCACCAUCGUCACGCCGGUCCCAACGUACGUCGACGGCGAGGAGAGCGAUGGCGCACGUCGCGGCCGCACGCCAUCGCCGCGCAGAGAGCAGCGGCAUGACCAGGAUGAGGAGGACUACUUCUCCCACCGGAGCGCAAGAGGCGGCGAGCGCAAGUCGCUGCAGCCGCCCCCGCCCAUCGCGACCUUCGGCCUGCCAGCCAACCCGCGACGGCGCUCGAACACGCCAGACUCCUUCGCCGAGCAGGCUUAUAUAGCCGCCGCCGAGGAGUCGGAGCGCAUCGCCGCGCGUCACGCUGCCCGCGCGUCUCAGCAGUUAUCCCCUGGAGCGGCCUUUACCGUCCCGGGCGCGAGCGCGGACGGCGCCGCCAAAAGGUUCCCUACGAUAUCGCCCAGCGCUAUCGCCGCCAAGCUGAAGCUGUCGAGCCUCUUCCGCUCCUCCUCGUCCCAGCAGCCCAUCAUGCACAUCUCGGCUCCCAUCCUGGAGACCAGCCCGCGAUACUCGAUCGCUCCCAGGGGUCCCGUCGUUGUAGGCCCCAGGAGGCAAAAGCGCGUCAUCUCGCGCCCGCGGCAGCAGGCGGUCUCCAGUGACGUGUACGGAUGA